CAAAAAAAAAACACCUAAAUCGAUCUGUGAAGUCAAACACUUUCCAGUUUCCGAUUUUUGAAUAUGGCAACACCGGAGAAUCAUCAUGGCGAUAGUUCCGAUUUAGAGACAGCAGAGAAGAUAAUACUCCGUUGGGAUUCAACAACAUCUGAAGAAGCUAAAGAGAAGAAUCUGAUUUUCCAAAGCGGUGGUGAUCGAGAUGAAGUAGAUCGCUACUUGAAAGCCGUCGAUGAACUUCAAAGACACAUCUCUUCAAUCUCAAUCUCCGAUGAAGUCAAAGCAGCUAGCUCCACGAUUCAAAUCGCCAUGGCUAGGCUUGAAGACGAGUUCAGAAACAUCUUAAUCUCACAGACUUCUGCUUUCGAACCUGAUUCUCUUCUUCUCGAUUCAUCGUUAUCUUCUUCCUCUUUCGCUUCUUCUUCGCAUACCGAGCUUGAAGAUGAUGGUAACGACGAAGAAGAAGAGCAACAACAAGUGGAUCUGGUUUUACCUGAUGGUUCCGGUUCAGAUUCCGGUUCGAGACGGUUAUCGAGGAGUAGAAGGAGUAAUAGCAAAUCCACAAGCAGUAUACGAGAGAUCGAUCUUGUAUCGCCUGAAGCUGUUUCUGAUCUGAGAUCGAUAGCUCAGAGAAUGAUCGGAGCUGGUUACUCUCGUGAAUGUGUUCAAGUAUACGGAAACGUGAGAAAAUCCGCCAUGGAAAUGAUUUUUAAGCAGCUAGGGAUUGUGAAAUUAGGGAUUGGAGAUGUGCAGAGACUUGAUUGGGAAGCUGUAGAAGUGAAGAUUAGAAGAUGGAUCCGUGCUGCGAAAGUUUGCGUUAGAGUUGUUUUCGCUAGCGAGAAGAGACUCUGUGAGCAGAUAUUUGAAGGAACCAUGGAAGAGACAUGUUUCAUGGAGAUUGUUAAAGGCUCUGCUUUGGAGCUUUUCAAUUUCCCUGAAGCUAUAAGUAUUAGUAGAAGAUCACCUGAGAAACUAUUCAAGAUUCUUGAUUUACAUGAUGCUUUAACUGAUUUGUUGCCUGAUAUGGAAGAGAUUUUCGAUUCGAGUUCUUCGGAAUCGAUUCUUGUUCAAGCUACAGAGAUUCAAUCAAGAUUAGCUGAAGCAGCAAGAGGUAUACUUACUGAGUUUGAGAAUGCGGUUUUUCGUGAACCUUCGGUUGUUCCUGUCCCUGGAGGAACUAUACAUCCUUUGACAAGGUAUGUGAUGAAUUACCUCAACUUGAUCUCUGACUAUAAGGAAACGUUGAUUGAUCUCAUUAUGACGAAACCAUGUCGGGGUUUGCAAUGUACCAAUGAUCCAAACAAUCCCGAUAUGGAUAUCUCUCAGCUUGAAGGAAUAUCUCCGUUAGCUUUGCAUAUGAUAUGGACAAUGGUGAUGCUACAAUUCAAUCUAGAAGAGAAGUCUUUGCAUUACAAAGACGAACCUUUAUCUCACAUCUUCGUCAUGAACAAUGUCCAUUACAUAGUUCAGAAGGUCAAAAGCUCGCCGGAGCUAAUGGAAUUGAUUGGAGACAAGUAUUUAAGAAAGCUUACCGGGAUAUUUAGACAGGCAGCCACCAAGUAUCAGAGAGCUACAUGGGUUAGAGUGUUGAAUAGCUUGAGAGAUGAAGGAUUACAUGUGAGCGGAAGCUUCUCUUCCGGUGUAUCGAAGAGUGCUUUAAGAGAGAGGUUUAAAGCUUUCAAUACAAUGUUUGAAGAGGUUCACAGGAUUCAAUCAACAUGGUCGGUUCCGGAUACUCAGCUUAGAGAAGAACUCAGGAUAUCUCUAUCGGAACAUCUUAUCCCAGCUUAUAGAUCCUUUCUUGGAAGAUUCAGGGGACAUAUAGAGAGCGGAAGACAUCCCGAGAACUACUUGAAAUACUCUGUUGAAAAUCUUGAAACCGCUGUGUUGGAUUUCUUUGAAGGCUAUACCACAGCUCCACAUUUGAGACGGUCUCAGUGAAAGAAGACGAAGAAGAGGAUUGAAAAACCCCAUAAAGCUUUCCUUUUUCGGUUUGCCCACAUUAGAAUUAACGAUAUAUAUCAUUCUUUGAAUUCUUUCCAUUUUAAUGUGGCAGUGUUCAGAUUGUUCUCCAGCUUCUGGUGAAUAGUCUUCACUUAUUUGUACUUGUAAGCAUAUUUGUUGUGUUGUUUGUUUGUUACCAAAUUUCGAUACUCCAUUGUUGAUAUAAAUGUUUGAUUAUUUG